UCACCGCAACUAACGGACGCCCUAUCAAACCUUGCGGCGUCCACAUCCAACGUCAAGCCCGUGUUACAGUCGGCACGUUUGUCAGUCGACUUUGCUGUCGAGUGGAUGGCUUUGGGGCAUUCAAGCUCCAGCGGUCAUGGACGCGAGUGCCGCGGCGCUUGCAGUGGCAGCGCUGUAUGGCUCGGCUGUGGCCCUUUGGUGGCCAUUGUCCGCUGA